AUGCUAACUCUGCCUUUUGAUGAGCCGCCCUCCAACCAGACCGGCAGUCCCUUCCGGACCGGCUGGGCCGCCAACCAAUUAGUCAGAUCGGUUAAGCCAGAGCCUGGCAGAGCCCCGGAGGACACGUUUGAGUGCAGGAGACAGAACGGAGAGAGGAAUGACAGAGAGGAGGAGGAGGAGGAGGACGAGGAGGAGGAGGAAGAAGAAAAGGAACAAGGCGGUGGUCAGAGAAGAAGGGGUUCAUAUACGAAGAAAGCGAGUCAGGCCCGGCUGGAGCGUGUCCGGCUGCGGCGCAUCGAGGCCAACGCGCGGGAAAGGAACCGCAUGCACAGUCUGAACAAUGCGCUGGACCGGCUGAGGAAAGUGGUUCCCUGCCACUCCAGGAAGCAGAAGCUGUCCAAAAUAGAGACGCUGCGCCUGGCCAGGAACUACAUCUGGGCCCUCAGCGAGAUCCUAAACACCGGGAAGAGACCGGACCUGCUCACGUUCGUCCAGACUCUGUGCAAGGGCCUCUCCCAGCCCACCACUAGCCUGGUGGCCAGCUGUCUGCAGCUCAACCCCCGCAGCUUCAUCUUGGAGCCAGGCGGGGAGUCCUUCCCCCUCUACCCAGCCUACCACCACCACCACCACGGGGCCGAGGCAGUGGGCUGCAGCUCGGCAGACAGCGGCAGGCCCCUGGGCUCCUUCUGCGGCCCCUAUGAGUCUCUGUAUGACAGUCCCUCUCCGGACGGCUCCAGCCCUCUGGAUGCAGGGACCCUCAACCCAGCCGUCAACUUCGACGGGAUUUUCUCCCUGAAACGCGAGGAACCGGUGGACUACCGGAGCUGUCACUACGGCCCCCGCUACUGCUCGGUCAGCCAGGGCUCCUCCGCAGACCUAGGCCAGUACGACGUCCGCCUCCGGGGCCAGUUCUACCAGGCGCAGGAGGAACUGAGCAAGCCUUUCACUUAUUAA